UACACAUACUUCGUACCAUUCCAGUUCUCUUUACGUUUUUGAUUUCGUUCGACAAGAAGUCACGCUUUUCCCAUAAAACAGUUUCGGAAAACUUCCACCGAUCGUCUGAUCAAUCAUGGCUGAAAAUACUACUGAAGUUGAGCACAAGGCGAAAAGGCCUUUCCGUAAAUUCACCUACCGUGGUGUUGACUUGGACCAACUUUUAGAUAUCCAAGGGGAACAAUUGAUCGAGCUGUUGCACUCGCGCGCUCGUAGGCGUUUCUCACGUGGUGGUCUUAAACGUAAAGAGUCAGCAUUGGUAAAGAAAUUACGUCGUGCAAAGAAAGAUGCUCCACCAAUGGAAAAACCUGAAGCAGUUAAAACUCAUCUCCGCAACAUGAUCAUUGUUCCUGAAAUGGUUGGUAGCAUUAUUGGUGUAUACAAUGGAAAAGUUUUCAAUCAAAUUGAAAUCAAGCCUGAAAUGAUUGGUCAUUAUUUGGGUGAAUUCAGUGUCACAUACAAACCAGUCAAGCACGGUAGACCUGGUAUUGGUGCCACUCACAGCUCUAGGUUUAUCCCAUUGAAAUAAAUUGCAUUUUUUUUUUCACAAUAAAAUAACUACUGUGGUUUUAA